AUGUCGAAAAAAGUCAGGGAUGGGAUAGUUUCAAUCAUAAUACUAUCGUAUUUUGAAGGUUACACCAAGUGCGUGUAUAGAACUCGCCGACUCUUGAAGGAUGGCUGUGUGAACUACUGUCCCGAGGACCAAUGUCCCGAGGAAUGUAUCUACUGUGACAGCGGCUUCUAUGGGUCUGACUGUACACGGAGCUGCCGAGGACACUGUUUGAAUGGAAGGUGUGCCCUGCUGGCCAAUGGUAGAGCCGUCAACUGUACGGAGGGUUGUGUGGAGGGGUGGCGGGGGUUAACGUGUAGUACUAGAUGUAAGUAUCCUUGUCGGGAGUGUGAGAGAUUCACUGGUGAUUGUGUAGGGCAAUGCAGGGAUGGUUUCUACGGAUCUGGAUGCUUACAGCGAUGUCCAUAUACCUGUUCAAGCUGUGACAAAAACAGUGGAGUAUGUUUGCCUAACACUUCUGUUGAUGCAGACCUAUCGCCGACGAAACACAAAAUGACAUCAAGCCUGACACAUGGUAGUGACAUCAACAAGACUCACAGCAGUCACAAAGCAGAGUUACAUCAACACCCUGCAAUGACGUCAACACCCCAUGGUGACAGUUGGUCAUUCAACUCACAGGUUCCCACUAGCGUUGCUGUAUUAUCUGCAGUAAUUACUUUUAUUGUCAUGAGUUUCACCAUCUUCAGAGUGAAAGUGGCGAUGGUGCAAAAAAAGAAAUGGGUUCUGUUAGGGAACUCCCCACACAUGGAGAGUCUAAUCGGCUCCCCAAAUUCAAAAGUUAUGGGUUGUAAUGAAUCUAUAUUUACUGAAUGGUAAUGAGCCUGUUGGCACAACGUGAUCACCAAUGGAACUGGAGUAUGACUGAACAGAUACUUUUUAGGCUGCAGACAAGCCGGUUAUUUUGACACAAGUAAUCUAAUUUCAAGAUUUCACGGUAUCAACGUCAACGUGUGAAGAAUAAUUAAUGUGACAGUUGUGGCCCAGCAACAUUGGUUCGCGUAUGAUUUGCUUAAUUGUGCGUGUUCUGAAAUGAUUGAUAAGUCAUUAUAAGUUUGAUAAGUUAUGAUCAAUUCCCUGUGCUGUGUUUUCAGUGAUAUCGGGAUAUUUUUUUCUUGACCUUUUGAAGGGAGGAGUAUUGUCUUAUGGACUUUCAAAUCCCCUCUUGCCUAAUCCUUACAGUGGUGGUUGACGGAGAUGGCAUGUUGUCAUGAAUAAACACUUUUUUAGAUUGUUA